AUGCCGCUUCGCCAAUAUUCAAGUUUCUCUCAUCAACUGGCAAAAGAGGAAUCUGAUAGUUCAUUGGAUUUAGGUCUCGACAACAGCCAACUUCGAUCCUCUCAUGUCAGCCCCGAGCCAUGGUCUCCCACCGCACAUGUAAGGCGUGUUUUUGCCGUGAGAAAAGCCAGUGAACAGCGCCGGCAAACAGCCAAAGUUUAUGCUGCAGUUGCGGCAUCAUCGUCCUCUUUGUCCGCAUGGACAGGACUUAAAAACUGCAGAUUUGAAACAUCUAGAACACCAAUGCUCAGAGUAACAUGUGCCUCCGAGAUGAUAAUGCCUUCGCGACAUAAAGCUGCUACAAUAAGAGAUCUGAGAUACUCCCUUGCUGGUCUCCGGAGUCUAGCAAUCAGGCACCAAACCCCGCUUACGCACUUUCAUUGGGCCCGACCUCCAAAAAGCCUUGAGGCUAUUCUGAGUGAUAUCACCAAGCCGACCCUGGCCCCUCUUCCUCGAGUAAUACGUUGUUAUCUAGACCGCACUGGAGCAGAGGCUCCGAGUUAUCAGUUGGGAAAAGGAGUACACGAAGAGCCUAUUUCCGCAUAUGAGAGGACUUGUAUAUGGCUUUCAAGGAGUUCUUCCAUGUGA